UAUUACUUUCGAAAACACACGUGAAAAUAUUGUUUUGAAUAUAUACGAUUAGAGGUCUCGUUAAUCAGGAUUCACAUAUUUCAUAUCACUGUAGCUUCACAUCAAAAAGAACCACUCUACCACACAUGGAUAUAAUUCAGAGUUGUUCAACAUGGAUAAUCUUUGUGUUAAGGUGUCUGAUUUUUUACAAAAGUUGUGCAGGAAAAAUAAGACUUGUGGUCACAAAAUUCAACGUUUUCUUGCGAAACAGAUCUGGAACUCUGGAGACAGGGAAGAUGUAUUAAACACAUUAGCUGAACUUUUUCUGGUGCCAGGAUGUAGCAGUGAUGUCACCGAGGAAUGCUCUCCCAUCAUGUUAGACAUCUUCAUACGAGCUAAGAAGAGAAUAGAAAAGAAAUGGAGCAUGGAAAAUCAUCAAUAUUUGUUUGUUGCUUUGAGUAAAGCUCUUACUUUAUGUCCAGAUGCAUUAAGGUUUACAAUUGAGUAUUGUCGCAGUAAGCCUGCUCCAUUUGAAGAAACAACUACAGCAAAGGAACCAUUAUCAAAGAAACCGAGAAAGUCUAAAGGAACUGAGAAACUGGCACCAAAGGAAUUGGUAGAAGCUACAUAUUGGCUGACAUAUUUUGCCAGAGAGGAUGUCAAAAGAAUGUGGAACUGGAAACCAUUUCUCAAUUUUCUAAAAUCAGAAGAUGUCAAAAUAAAAUGGUUUGCCACUCUGACUAUUGGAACAUUGGUUGAUAUGACAGACUCACAGAUGGAAACCUUCCAGAAGCAAUACAUUGACAAAGAUACAUUUAUUAAACUUAGAAUAAGGCACAAUGUAGAACUGCAAAAGAUUGCAGCUGGUCAUGUUCAGAUAUAUGGUGACAAGAGUGAAGAGAGACUGGAUGAGAAUGUGUCACAUACUAUGGGCCACCUUGUAGAGCGUGACCUCACUGAAGAUGUAGUUGCCGUGUGUGGAAUACUUAUAAAUAACAUACAGAGUGACUCCAAACAGGAAGUUGACAACAGUAAAUUUCUAAUACCUGUAGAUUCAACACAAAGGAAUUUGCGCAGCUUGUCUCUUGCUGUUGCCGUGGGGUCGCCUGUUCUACUCCAGGGACCUGUUGGCUCAGGGAAGACUGCACUAGUUGAGCACUUGGCUGCCCUGACAGGAAGAAUGAAGACACCUCAUCUCAUAAAAGUGCAGCUUGGAGAUCAAACUGAUAGCAAAGCAUUACUUGGAACAUACCGCUGUACAGACAUCCCAGGGGAGUUUCUAUGGCAACCAGGUACAUUAACUCAAGCUGUGAUGGAGGGACGUUGGAUCCUGCUAGAGGACAUUGACUAUGCCCCUAUGGAUGUUAUUUCCACUCUAGUGCCACUGCUGCAGUCUAACACUCUGUCUAUACCUGGCCAUGGGGACUCUGUAAAAGCUGCCCCUGGCUUCCAACUGUUUGCCACUCAGAGGCUACUGACUGGGAUAAGUGGCUUGUAUACACUGCAGAACAGUAACUCUACCAUGCUAGAGAGGAUGUGGUCACUAAUCAAUGUGGAACCAAUGUCUAGGGGUGAACUUAAAGAGGUGAUUACAUCAAGAUAUCCCCAGCUGAAUAGUGUGUCUGAAAGACUUCUGGAUAUCUAUUUCCUGCUCUCAGCAGGGCAGCAUGAGUCAUCAAUGGUUGCCAUGGAUACAGAAUUAGAUGAGACUGUUGGGCAGUUUCUUAGUCAUGAUGGGCGUCUUAUAUCCACCAGGGAUCUUAUGAAGUGGUGUCAUAGAAUCGCAGAAGAUUUCAAUAUUACCUCAAGUGCUACUGGUAACCUGGUGUUCCAAGAGGCAUUGGAUUGUUUCUGCGCAUGUUUGCCCAAACUUGAGCAGAGGCUCCCUCUGGCAGAAGCAAUUGGAGCUAAACUGAACAUUACUAAAGUAAAGGCUGAGUACUAUUGUUGCAAGUAUAAACCCAAUGUUGAGCUAACUGCUACAACUUUGACACUGGGAAGAGCUUCUUUACAAAGAGUGCAAGAGGAAACCAUGAAAAUGAAAAAGCUUAAAACCAAUUUUGCCUUCACACAGCCGUCAGUUGCCCUUCUUGAGCGUAUAGCUGUCUGCGUGGAGAACAAUGAACCAGUUCUUUUAGUUGGUGAGACAGGUACUGGUAAGACGUCAACUGUGCAGUAUCUAGCCAGCCAGUCAGGUCAAAGCUUGCGGGUUGUGAAUAUGAAUCAGCAAAGUGAUAGAACAGACUUGUUAGGAGGGUACAAACCUGUAGACCUGCGCCAUCUGGUGGCACCAUUACGUGAAGAUUUUGAGAUUCUGUUCUGCAGUAGUUUCUCCAGGAAACAAAAUAUCAAAUUUUUAAAGCAUGUUCAGGAAUGCUUCAGCAGAAGGAGAUGGCCUGACCUAUUUAAGUUGAUGGAGCAUUCCCAUGGAGCAGCACUGAAGAAAUAUGCCUCAGACAACACUUCUCGUGAAAAAUGGCGGCAACUUGGACUUCGUCUUCAGCAGAUGAAGAUCCAAGUGAAACACACAGAGAAUACUUUGGCCUUCUCUUUCAUAGAGGGAACGCUAGUGCAAGCCAUCAAGUGUGGAGACUGGGUGCUGCUGGAUGAGAUCAACCUGGCAUCUGCAGAGACUUUAGAGUGUCUAGGAGGUCUCCUAGAGAGUAAUGCAGGCUCCUUAGUCCUCUUAGAGAGAGGGGACACAGAACCUAUUGAGCGCCACCCAGAUUUCAGACUGUUUGCCUGUAUGAACCCUGCCACUGAUGUUGGCAAAAAA